AUGCUCGCAACCGGUCCCUCUUCUGGGCGGGCUGGCGCCCUUCUCCAGAGAGGCGUUGUCAAGCUCGGCUUGCAGCAUUGUGAAGCGCGACAGACGGUCCGGGAGACGGAGGGGGGGGUUAUGUUUUUGGCAGCCAGUGCGCCUGCGGCAGAAAUUCUGGGUCACCCACCGGCCCCUCUUGGGGGCUUGAACAGCAGGCACAAAUUCAACUUGUUUUGGGAGCAAGCCAAAGUACUACAACGUCUUGUGACCCUGAACGCUUCCCAAACGACCAGACCCGCGACAAAAUCUUUAGCUCAUUCGAUCAAACUGUUCUUUACGCCGCUGAUUUUACUGAACAAAUACCCGAGAUCAUUGAUCCAAAUCAAUCUUCAAACACUCUCUAAGCCGACCGAUCGCUGGACAAACGGUUUCUUGACGGCCUCCCUUGAGCAAUCGCCGGUGCCCCUAUUUGACGAGACCCAGAGUGUCACCGAGAAAGCCGCGCUGAUCAACGCUGCCAGUCUCGCCCUGCUUGACGCCGGAGUAGGCAUGAGGGGAUGUGCAUUCGCGGUCGCGGUGGCCAUUAUACCCGCAUCCGCUGCUAGGUCCAAUCACUCAGACCAAGCCCUCAACUCCGAUCAAAUCGUCCUAGAUCCUAACAAUUAA